GUUCAUCAGCUGUCGAUACAGGUGUGUUCACACGCUUGAAAGGAGUUAGUCCUUGAACUGAGACAGUUAAGAGUCGUUCCCUCGCCUGUCAGGCUCCUGAAGAAGAACUACAAAAAACGAAGACAAUGGAAAAUUUGUACGAAAAGGUAAAUGAUGGAAAUUUGUACGAAAAGCCAUACGAACGGUCAUAUGAAAGUCCUACUGAACCAGAUUACGUAAAUCAAGGAGUAAUUUACGAGACCCCAGGCGAAGUUAAAGAGGCGAUAUACAGCGAGGUCGAGGUGCAUGUGCACGCAAAUGGCGGUGAUGGCAGCUCGUCACCUGAAUAUAUGGACACAAGGGAAAAUCCCUACAUGGAGCCAGAAACUCACAAUGAGUCUCAGUCGUGUGACACUGACAGCGACGAGGAGGAUAAAGAUCAUGCUGUCUCCACUGUUGAUGAAGCGUCUGGCGAAGUUGUGAAUGGGGAUGGAGUCAACUCUAGGCGAAGUUCGUCGUCCUCAGAGGAAGACAGAGAUCCCUGCGAUGAUUCACCCUUACCAGCGCACGAAGACAACAUCGAGGAUGACAUGCUUGCGGCGCACAGUGUUCCAGAUGACAAGUCGCAGGAAGCUGGUGACUAUACCCUCGGAGCCGCCCGGGGGAUCAACGUCGAAGACCCUACUCAACCCGAGAUCUCGCUCUUUGUAAAGGCAGGGAGUGAUGGAGAGAGUAUUGGAAACUGCCCAUUCUCUCAGCGCCUGUUCAUGAUCCUCUGGCUCAAGGGUGUAGUAUUUAAUGUGACCACUGUAGACCUGAAGAGAAAACCCGCUGAUCUGCAUAACCUGGCACCAGGCACACAUCCUCCUUUCCUCACCUUUAACGGGGAGGUUAAGACUGAUAUUAAUAAGAUAGAGGAGUUUCUGGAGGAGGUGCUCGCACCACCAAAAUACCCCAAACUGGCCGCCAAACAGAGGGAGUCCAACACAGCUGGGAUUGACAUUUUUGCUAAAUUUUCAGCUUACAUCAAAAACACAAAACCAGAGGCUAAUGAGGGUUUGGAGAAGAGCCUGACAAAGGCCCUUAAGAAACUGGAUGACUAUCUGAAUAGCCCUCUGCCUGAUGAGAUAGAUGCUGACAGCAUGGAGGACGAGAGGAGCUCCACUCGUAGUUUUCUGGAUGGCAACGACCUGACCCUGGCUGAUUGCAACCUCCUGCCAAAGCUGCAUAUAGUCAAGAUUGUUGCCAAGAAGUAUCGCAACUACGAGAUCCCAACUACUAUGACAGGUGUGUGGCGCUACCUGGAGAACGCCUAUGCUCGUGACGAGUUCACCAACACCUGUGCCGCUGAGAAAGAGAUUGAAUUUGCCUAUCAAGAUGUGGCAAAGAGGCUGCUCAAGUAGUCCGUGGCACUAAUCCCACUGACAGAUGGACGAGAAUCAACGAAAGCAUUCCAUCUUUGCUCUCAGUAAGCUGGUAAUUGGGAUUUUUGAUCCAGGUUCAUUUUUAACCCACGGUGCUGUGCCAGAUGGAUGGAAUUUACCUUUAUCAGUGAACAUGCUGGUGACCUCCACUGGCUCCAGAACAAGACCACUUUAUCAUUUUUUGGCCACUCUCACUCCUCUGUCAUUGUCAAAAUCAAACCUCAACUUACAAAGCCUUCCCUUCCUAGCUUUUCUUGACAGUUUCUUUUUCAGUGACUCUUUCAUUUCUGUGUCUUCAGUUUCUUUAGUGGAAUAAAUCAGUUCUGUCCUCUAUUACCAAAUGAUAGCCUCUUUAUGGAUUUGGUUAGAUGAACCUUCUUUCUUAUUUAUUCCUAUUAUUUCUGUUAUUAAGCAACUUUUUAAAGUUAUUGUCUGACAAUAAUAGUGUGUAUUAUGAAAGCAUAUGCUAAAAGCACAUUUAUAAAGAAUGGUAAAGUAUUCUGAAUGACACCAGGUUUUAAUGAUCAGCCUGCUACAGUCAUAAAACCUUUAGCUUUGCUGUUCUCCAUCUAUUUGACAGCUGCAUAAUUCUUAUCUGUUUUAAUGAAUGUGUUUCACUGUUCUUGCAAAAAAUUUCAAAUACUCAGUGUAACUCAUGUACGUAUGAUAAUGUUUGUGCUUUGUGGAGAAACUGAACAAAGUUGAGACAAGGGGUAAUAGUUAAUCUUUAGAAAGUUCUCUGUCUGUUCUGUGGAAACUCUGAACAAAUAAUAUUUUUUCUGACUGUACUCAGAAACCUGUUUCAAUGCUUUAUAUUUUUCCUCUGGAAUGAACUAAAAUGAUUUCAAAUCAAUGUGCUUAUUUACUUAAUUAAUUCAAGUGACACAAUGAAAUCACUGUAAAAUAAUCGUAUUCCAAAAUUCUGCCGAAAAAAAAAAUCACAUCAUGCUGAAUAUUUGAUUACAGGCCGGUAGUGCAUAAGUCUUGCAAUAUGUACCACCAGCAGAAUGCACAAUCAGAAGCACUCCAGUGACUGCUUCAAACACUUCCCAUGCUUUUUGUCUAUUUAAUACCAUGCUCUAAAAUAUCAGUAAGUUAAUUUUUUACUGGUUGUCUUUGCAAGAAUUUAGGCCUUCAAACCUUAAGUCACUUUGUAAAAUCUUGUAAUAUAAAUUGGACAGUUACAUCUCAGAUUACUUCGCUUUCUUAAGCCUUACUAAAUGGUUUGGAGUCAUUGCUCCUAUCAAAUAGGGACUAGAGAAACCUUAUACCAUUCAUCUUUACAUCCCCUCCUCUCAGCGCUGUUGGAGUAAUGGGCUGAUUUACAUCCAUUGAUAUGUCCUUAUGGAUUAACUGCUCUUGUAUGGUUUGGAUACUUGUUUCAUAUGAAAUGAAAGUUUUGUUCUAGAUGGACCCAUCCUGUGUAAAACUCUCUGAAUAAAAUAAUAUUUUCACAGAC